AUGUUUGCCUGGGCUAUUGGAGCCCAGGCGUGUGAUAAGGAGCUUAAAUACCGUAGCCAUCAACGCCACCUCAAGCGAGAGGGUGAGAGCAAUUUUCGUCCAACACUAGAUCAGAAUGAAAAUAUUCUACUAGGAUCGUUUGACAAUACGUCCAUAUCGCAAUGGUCAUACUACUAUACUCAUGGACGGGCGCUCGCUGGGCAAAAUAAGACAAUGGCACAAUGGACAGCGGAUAGAUGGAAAGAGCAUGGGUUUGAAUCGCGACUCGAUUCAUAUUUUGUCUAUAUGAAUUACCCUACACAGCAAUCCAUUGAGCUUACCCUAGCUAAUGGGACCAUUUACAAGCCAACUCUACAGGAAGCUGUCUUAGAGGAGGACGAAACAACAGGGUAUCCCAAUCGUGUUCCAGCAUUUCAUGGGUACUCCCAUUCUGGGGAGGUAUCUGCUGAAUAUGUCUACGUUGGACGCGGAUCGCAAAGUGAUUUCGACCGACUCAAAUCACUAGGAAUCGAGUUGGAGGGAAAGAUUGCCCUUGCAAAAUAUGGCGGUCCGUUCAGGGGACUGAAGGUUCGCAAUGCACAGGACAACGGAAUGAUUGGCGUGAUCACUUUCACCGACCCGGGUGACGACGGCAACAUGACUGAAGCCAGUGGAAAAGCAGCGUAUCCAAAGGGUCCAGCGAGAAACCCAACCAGCAUACAGCGUGGCAGCGUCCAGUUCCUCAGCACUUACCCUGGUGAUCCUACAACGCCGGGAUACCCUUCGAAGGAAGAUUCGCCGAGGCAGGAGAAAAAGACCGUUCCAAAGAUUCCAUCUCUUCCCAUCUCUUGGGUCGAAGCACGUCCAAUCCUGCAGGCGCUCAAUGGGCAUGGGCUGAGUGCUGAAAAGGUGAACGGAACGCGGUGGGUAGGUGCGAUCCCGAACGUUACUUAUAGUACGGGGCCGGCACAGGGUUCCAGAAUAUCCUUGAGAAACCUUGCCAGGGAGGAGACAACUUGGCUUUGGAAUACAAUUGGCAUUUACAAUGGAACAAAUCAAGAUGAAGUUGUCGUGGUGGGCAAUCAUCGUGAUGCAUGGAUGAUAGGCGGUGCAGCGGAUCCACACUCCGGGUCAUCCAUUUUGAUUGAACUGGCGAAGGCGUUCAAUGCCCUGUCAAAAACAGGUUGGAAACCAAAGCGCACAAUAGUGCUCGCCAGUUGGGAUGGCGAGGAAUAUGGUCUCAUCGGCAGCACGGAAUGGGUAGAGGAGUUCCUACCGUGGCUCAAAGGCACAGUUGUAUCAUACCUGAACAUCGACGUCGGAGUCGCUGGUACAGUUCCAGAUUUCUCUGCCUCUCCGGAACUGCAUAAAAUCACUAGAGAAAUUGCCCAAAAGGUGACAUGGCCCCAUAAGACUGAAAGCACUAUAUAUGAUAUAUGGGAGCAAUCAGCUGGCGAGAUAGAGGCCCUAGGUGCACAAAGCGAUUAUACUGCUUUUGUGCAUAGAGGUGGCAUAGCAUCGAUUGACAUGGGAACUACGAGGGCACCCACCGAUCCGAUAUACCACACUCACUCGAAUUACGAUUCCUACUACUGGAUGUCGAAUUUCUGCGACCCUGGAUUCCUUACACACAAGGCUAUGGGUCAAUAUCUAACGUUGCUCCUGUAUCACUUGGUAAACGAUGAACUUAUCCCACUAGAGCCUGAAAACUAUACCGUGGAGAUGUACGCAUACUUGGAAGCUCUUAAAAGAGUCGUCGACAAUUGGCACGCUCAAUUAGACCUUGGAGCCCUCGAGAGAGCAAUCGCAAUUUUCCAACAGAAAUCCGAUAAUUUCAAGAGGUUGAGACAAUCUGUUGGAUUCAAUGAUACACGUACGAUUGCUUCCAUUAAUCGUAGAGCGCGAGAGUUUUCCAGGGGCUUCAUCAGCCAAGGUGGCCUUCCUGGAAGAGAAUUCUACCAGAAUCUUAUAUUCGCACCUGGUGUAGAUACAGGUUACAUGGCAGUGACAUUUCCUGGAAUUACCGAAGCUGUUGCUUUGGGCAACCUGACCUUAGCGGCAGACUACGUGAAGAAGACAUCCCUUGCGAUUGAGGCUGCAGCCCAAAUCCUGGGCUCUGAUACAGUACGCAGGGACUCGUUCAUGGAACUGUGA